AUGGAGCCAGACACACUGCUGCUGAUUAGAUGUUUUAGGAACCAAUCAGAGAACGUAGUUGAAUAUAAAGACAUUAUAUGUCCUCAUCGUCGCCAUCCGAGGGUCGGAGAUGCAGUCGUCAUGCCAUGGGGGAGGGAGAGAUGGCACGGCAAGGUGCUACAAAUUUUGAGAGAGGACUCGGAUGAAGAUGAUGACGAUAUUCCUUUGAAAUUCCUAAGAGAAAAGGGAGAGAGAGCUGCAGCUGUCAUAGAGGGAAAUAUUACAGAAGAUAAAGGAAAGAGAGCUGACCUUGGAGGAGCUGUCACAGAAGGUAUGUAUUUCAUCUUUAUGCAGUAUUUACAUCUUAAAUAAUUUGGCAUACGUUAUACAUACAUGAUUA